GAACAGCAACAACCACGUGCACGAAUAUUGUCACUAAGCACACACGCAAAAAGCCAGCAAAUCAUUUGGCCCAUAUGUGUGAGUGUGUAUGUACGUGUGUGUGCAUAUUUGAAAUGAUGUUCGCAUAAAGCGAAGCAAAUUUAUUUGAAUUUUUUAUGCCCAUGUAGCCGCUCUCUACCUAUACAGAACAUACCACAUACAUAGAGAAUUUACGUGUUACAUUUUCAAUUGCCAUUUGGCACAGUCAGAAAAAAGGAAGCCGAAACAAAAUGGGGUCCAACAUGAAGCAGCAACUGAAAUGCACACCGUUCAUUUUAUGCCUCAUCAUUGGCACCCUGUACCUAACCGGGACCGAGACACACGAGCAUGUCGAUGGGUAUAAGCCAGAUGGUGACAUUCUGCGCGUGCUCGUCAAUAAUUCGGCACAAAUCAAAUGCGAUGUUGGCUCUAGUUUGCCGGAGGACAAGGUGCUCCUAGUAGUUUGGUACAAAAACAAUUUGCCAAUCUACAGUUAUGAUACGCGUGGAGCCCAUGCAGGAACGCCCUCACAUUGGCGUGAUGAGGAGGUGCUCGAAGAUCGGGCCGUCUUUCGCACGCACAAGGAGCCAGCGGAAUUGAUUAUAAAUCCGGUUAAGGAAAAGGAUGCGGGCAACUUUCGCUGUCGUGUGGACUUUAAGCUAUCGCAGACCAGAAAUAGCAACGUCAAUUUGGAAGUUGUUGUGCCUCCACAUCAGCCGAACAUUUAUAAUGACCGUCGCUUGCGCAUCGAUUCCCGGGCGGGUCCCUACGAGGAGGGCGGCAGCCUAGAAGUUACCUGUGUCGUCUAUGGCGGCUCGCCACCGCCGACUGUCACAUGGCUGAUGAAUGGACAACUUCAAAAUAGCGUUGUCGAUUACACAUACGACGGCACCAUCAACAGCAAAUUGGUGGUGCGUAACUUGUCACGCAUCCACCAGCAUGCGGUCUACACCUGCCAGGCGAGCAACUUCCACAAGAAAUAUGUGGCCACCAACAUAACGAUUGAACUCUAUCUUCGUCCGCUUCUGGUGGAAAUCAGCUUCAACAAUCAGCCAAUGUCGGCUGACCGUAAAUAUGAGAUUGAGUGCCAGGCAAUUGGAUCAAGGCCACCUGCAAAAAUAACCUGGUGGAUGGGCAACCUGGAGAUGCACGGCCACAGUCAGAAGGUCUCUGAGGACGGCAAUGCCAGCACCUCGAUACUCUCCAUAGCUCCGACAAGGGAGGAUCAUGGCAAGCCGCUUUCCUGCCGAGCCACCAACGAAUUGGUACGCAAUGGUAUACGAGAGACCGCAAUGAAGCUGAAUGUGUUCUUUAUACCCACCUUACAGCUGGACUUGGGCUCAAAUCUAAAUCCAGAGGAUAUCGAGGAAGGCGAUGAUGUUUAUUUUGAGUGUAAAGUGCAUGCAAAUCCUGCUGCUUAUAAAGUUGUCUGGAAGCAUAAUCAUCAAAUUAUACAGCACAAUCAGCGAGCCGGCGUAAUUGUGAGCAGCGGAGAUUUGGCGCUGCAGGGCGUCACCCGCCACCAGGCCGGAAACUACACAUGUACCGCUUCCAAUGUUGAGGGCGAUGGCGACUCAAACAUAGUCGAGCUGAAAGUAAUGUAUAAACCAAUUUGCCGGCCCGAUCAAAAGAAAAUCUAUGGCGUGGCCCGCAGCGAGUCGGCCGAAAUCGUUUGCGAAGUAGAUGCCUUUCCGCCGCCCGAGAACUUCAAGUGGUCCUUCAACAACACCGCGGAGACCUUCGAUAUGCCACAGAGUGGCUUCCGCCCACAUUCCGCACAGGGCUCCACGCUGACCUAUACGCCAGUUAAGGAAAUGGACUUCGGCACCAUCAUGUGCUGGGCGGACAACAAUGUGGGUCAACAAAAGGAGCCCUGUGUAUUCCAUUUGAUAGCUGCGGGAAAACCGGAAGCGCCCACCAAUUGUACCGUGGUCAAUCAAACGUCCGAUUCAUUGGAGGUUUAUUGCCUCGAAGGCUUCGAUGGAGGCAUGCGCCAAUGGUUCCUUAUGGAAAUCUUUGAUCAGCACAACGGGCUGCUGCAAGCCAAUAUCAGCGCUAAGUUCUCGGUGUUCAGUGUCAGCGGGCUGGACGCGGGUCGUCUAUUUCGGAUCUAUGUUUAUGCGGUGAAUGGACGUGGACGCAGUGAGGCCGUAGCAGUCGAUGGAUACACCCUGAAGGCUGCCGAAAAGCAAACUGUUGCAUUAACGUCGUACAAGGGCAGCGCUCAGGGCGCAAGCAGCUUUGAACUGACACCCAUUCUAUCCAUUGGCAUCUUUGUGGGCAUUCUGGUGGCUCUGGUCUGCAUUGCGAUUGGCACCAUCGCCGCGCUGAAGCUGCGCUCGCACAAACAUCAGCAGCAGCAGAAAUUCGCACAUUCGAAUGCAAAAUUCUCACGUCCAGGCAAUUUGCAAAUUAAGGAUAAAAUCUCAUUGCCAUUGAGCCACUCCGAGGAGAUGUACGACGAGAAGAAUCCCGAUGUCGUACCCUACAACGAGGUUGAUGGCGAAUAUAAACAAAAAUCAGCAACACAAACGCCGUCGGGACAUCUUUCAACAACCAGCGAGGUGGAAAUCAGCUGUAAGCCUGGCGUCAGCGUCAGCGUCGGCGUUGGCGCCGGCUGCUCAGCGGACAGCGGUGCUUACCAGAGUAGCAAGGACGAUGAGCUACACUAUGCCGAACUUUCGCUGAACAGCGCCACUUGCAGCAGCUCCAAGAAGAACCAACCCAGCCAGAGCACAGUCCAGCAGCAGUCGCAGCAGCCGCAGCAGGCGCAGUCGCAGUCGCAGUCGCAGCCAGCAAUGGGUGGCACCCUGCCACAUGGCUCGAGUAUGCGCAAGCUGUUGCCUAGCAUACCGGCAACGGCGACGCUGCAGCGCCACAAGCCAAAUGCGGGCGGUCUGCAGCAUCCGCAUCAACAUGCUCCGCCGCCCACAUACGAUUAUUUCGAGGAGCCCACGAUAUAUGCGCAGAUUGAUGCAUAUAAGACAAGAGCUGGCGCUGCGGCUGCCAUGCAGGUGGACACAGUGGCUGGAGCUGCCUUCGGGCCAUGCGCAUCAUCGCCAGGAUCGCAAGGGACGCCCUCAACCGUGUCACCGGGCACGGUGCAAAUGUAUACGUUACCCCCCCAUCCGGGCGGCUAUCAUACGCUACCGCAUAAUCACCAUCAGCAGCAGCAGCAGCCCCACAACUCCGCAUCCAUGAUGCAAAUGAUGCAUCAACAGUUGCAGCAUCAUCCAGCUGGCAACAUGCCCAUGCCACCCUCCUACCAGCAGCAUCAGCAACAACAGCAACAACAACAACAACAACAGCAGCAUCAGCAGCAGCUAGCACAUGGCCAAAUGCUCGUCUCGAGCAAUAGCAGCGGGCUUGCCUCGACUGCGGCCAUAGCCAGUCCCAGCAGUUCCCUUUCUGGACUCUCCGGUGUUGGCAAGUCCUACUCGCGCGAAAUAGUCACAGUACGCACGCCGCUCAUGUAUUCGCAGCAGGAGAGCUGCGUCUAAGCCCAAGUCAAGCGGAAUUGUGAGAUCUUUGAGGUUUGUGUCUAGGCUAAGCGUUGCCAAAUCGUAUUGAAAGCUAAAAAUUGAACUGUAAAAUAAAUCUACAAGAAUUGCAAGUUCUAAAAGAAAAAAUUGAUGGGCUAGACGCCAUUUGCCAGUUUCUCAUAUACGAUACAAAAUAAAACAAGUUAUAAAUCAAUGUUAAUAUAAAUGUCAGUGCAUACAAAUAUUUGAAAGCAAGCCAUAAAUUUGCUUAAUUCAGCAAAUUGUAAAACCAUAUUGAUUAAAGCUAAAUAGCAGUUGAACGCAGAGCUACGAAAGAUACCAAUGCACAGAAUUAUCAGAUUUAUUUGCCAUUAACGUAAAUAAUGAAAACAGAUACGAUGCAAAAAUUAUUCCAAUAAGAGUGGACGAAGUUGUAAGUUUAAAGCGUUAUUAAAUAUACGCUAGCUAAAUGAACAACAAAUAAAAAACUACUCAAAAGCUUAUAAUUUCAUUAAAAGGGCAGCGCAAAGUAAUUCCUUAACUGAUAUUGACUGAGCUUCACAGCUUAUAGAUUUAUUUAUAUAUUUUUUUAUUUUUAUUUUAUAUCGAUUCUAGAACAGCAAAAAAAAAAUUACAAUUAAAAGUGCAUCACAAAAAGGUUCCUUCCUUAAAGUAAGUACUAAUUCUUGACACCGCAAACAGCAGAUAUAAUAUAUAUAUAAACAAGAAUGUAUUACAAGAAU